AUGAGCGACAUCCCCUCUCGAUUGUCUCCUCCUCUUCGCGGUGAAGCAUUGGCAACCCUGUUCCAGUCUCCGCCCAACAACAAAACCAUCUGUCAAUGCAUGAAGUGCAGAACGGGCGAACAAGCCUACAACAUCGUCUCGACAACAACAUACUACAAUCACUACUAUAUCUACGGGUUUCCUCCCGAGGUUCCCCAAGUCCGUAAUUACAGCACCUCCACCACAACAAGUCAGCCCUCCAACACUUCUGUCAAUCCCCUCUGGCCCCGGGCUCCAAUCCUGAUCAUUUUGGUUUCUCUCGAAAAUGGUAUCGAAGAAAUCGACCCGUUUUGCCUGGGAAUCGUCGAGGUCAUGACUGACUGCAACACGUCCGAUAGAGCGAUCAAGGAGAUUCUCAAAUAUAUUGGCAUAUAUACUGGAAACCCCGUGCCCACCAUCCCGAGUCUUUACAAAAUCCGAAAACGCAUGGACCAAUUAUCAACAGAGAGCGCAGUUUCUCUUCCUUGUUGCCGAAACAGCUGUAUUGCCUUUGAUGUCGAUCAUCAAUCGGAGAGAACAUGCCCGCAUUGUGGAGAAAAUCGGGGUUUAAGCUUUCGAAAGGUUCUCUCGAAUGGCGAGAUUCAACUUUCUGAAAAGAACGCCCAGACUUAUACGUACUAUGAGUUUAUACCCAAGCUCCAAAGCCUUUAUCAGAACCAGGAGUGGUUCGAUUUGAUUUGA